UUCUGUAAUCAAACACAUAGCCUAAAUGAAACAAAUUAGUCAUCUGAUGGUCUUGUUAGCUUGUUGACCAGAGAUAAACCAAUUAAUCAACACUAAUAAGAAAAAAAAUGCAAGUGCAAUGAGUCGACCAGAGGAAUCUACGACCUGAAAGCAAAAAAAGUCAACUUGGAUUAAACUUCACUUCUAUUUGACUGUGACAUUAGCGUCAGAUUUCAUUUCCCGGUCAACAAGUUAGCCGUCUGAUGGUCUUGUUGGUGUAACUUCUUGAUAAACCAACCAAUCAGCACUAAUAAGAAACUUAUAUCAGAAAAAAGCGAAUGCGAUGAGUCGACCAGAAGAAUCUACGAUAAAAACAACAUGGAUUGAACUUGGCUUUUAUUUAACUUCAGCGUCAUUGGCGUCCAUUUCCCCGUCGUCUUCUUGUGAUGCUCGGGCUUCAGGUUGGGCGUAGGUGUGGGUGGAUGUGACUGGCGGGUAUCGGACCCUCGUAGCGCCGGCGUUCACGCGUGUUCGGAUGUGGACGUGCUAUGCUGAGGGUGUCGGGUGUCGCUCCAGCUCCGUCGGGCCACGAGUGGCGCUUCCAGUGCUCCGUCGGCGUGGACUGUAGCGACGCCGAGCCUCGCUGCAUCUGGCUGGCGGUUUUAAGGGGCGUUUCGCCUCGAUCCUCGCCGCGACCGACCCCUAUCGCAUCGCCACGGAGACGGGGCUCCCAGAGGGUCAUACAGCGCCAUCGCUUGACCUGGGCUAAAGGGCGGAGAGAUGGCAUGGUGUCGUCCAAUGAGAACAGACGGCGGCCUCUGUCGUCGGGCGAGGUGGAGGGCGUGUCGUGGCAGGGCCCGCGGACCAUCUUCCUCCAGAAGAACUUGCAGGGGUUCGGCUUCACCCUCCGCCACUUCAUCGUGUACCCGCCGGAGUCGUCGCUGCACAGCCUCAAGGAUGAAGAGAAUGGAAACGCAACUGGAAAAGGUUGUCCACGGUCCCGUCUGGAGCCGAUGGACACCAUCUUUGUAAAGAGCGUAAAAGAAAACGGUCCGGCCCAGAUGGCAGGACUGUGUACAGGGGACAGACUGGUGAAGGUGAAUGGGGAGAGCAUUCUGGGAAAAACCUACUCUCAGGUCAUCGCACUCAUACAAAACAGUGAAAACAUCCUGGAACUGUCCAUCAUGCCAAAAGAUGAGGAUGUGUUGCAGUUGGCGUACUCCCAGGACGCCUACCUGAAAGGCAAUAAGCCGUACACCGGUGAGGCUCAGAGCCUCCCGGAGCCCCCACCCCUCUGUUACUCCACCGCCAAGUCCAGCCCCGCCCCCCAGCCCGGCCACGCCCUCCACAGCCCCCUGGACAACUGGCAGUGCCGCCCCGCCCCCGCCACCUCGCCCCUGGACAACCGCCCCCCUGCCGCUUCGACCCCGACCUCCGGCUGGUCCGGGGGUCCCGAGGACUCCGGCGCUCACUUCGGUCCACAGGGGCGUCACCGAGGUCGCUCCUCGUCGGCCAUCAGCGCGUUGGACUUUCAUUUCGCUAACCACAACGCCGCCAUCGCCUCGGCCACGCUGCCCCCACCGCGGAAGAGCAGCCUCCCGGCCUCGGCCCGAGCACACGCCGACGCCCUGUGCCACCAGGCGCUGUCGGACUGGUACUACAGCCAGGCGGAGGCGGCGGAGCGCAUGUCCCCUCGCCACCGCAGCAUAUCUCAGGAUCGCUUGGCAGAGCUGGGGCUGGGGUUGGCACUGGGACCCGCGCCUGGACCUGCCGCCGCCGCCGCCGAGCAACGCAGACGAGAAACCCUCAUGUACCACCACCAGGCGGCCGCUGCAUCCCACGACUCCUAUUGGCUCGGGGGUUGGGGCGGAGUCUCCGGACCAGGAAGCAAGUCGUGCUCUGAGAGUUUACUCGCCGCCUACGCCGAGUACGAGCACAACUACGGCCGCUCGGUGGAAACACUGGCACAAGCGUCCGCACUCGUCAAACCACACUACGAACACACUCCACAUCCUCAAACCGCCAAAUUCAGCGAGCAGAAGGAUCAUCAGCACCAGCCCGCCAUGACAUGUCCGGUCACGUCAUCCUCCACGGCGCCUCCCAGUGGCCGGCAGUCGGGUCAGCAGGUGGCCGAACCUCAGACCAGGCGGGUCAAAGAGGAGGAGCUGGUGGGCUACAGGAGCUACAGCCCCUCAUUCUCCCGUAAAGCCGGGCACCUCCUCCAACAGGCCCACUCCUUCAGGGACCCCACCCACAGCUGGAGCCCCGGCAGCAGGAGCAGCCCCUCGGACGGUGAGGGGGGGCCCUCCCCGAGGCCCCAGUCCACCCCCGCCAUGCCGGCCCCAGAGGACGACAGGUCCAGGCUCGGGGAGGACAGGGAUGUCCUGUCCCCGGUGUCCCUGAACCAGGAGGUGGUGCUGAGGCAGAAACCUCCCCCAGGACGUCGGACGCCCAAUCAGGUGCUUCGACAUCCCAACUAUGCAACCCCCGUCGAGUCUCCUGAGCCCCCGGGGUUGACCCCCUCACCGGGUGGGACCCCCUCCCCUGUUUCUGGAGGACCCGGUCCAACCCGGAGGGCCAACGGGAGCCUGGCCCAGCACGCAUACGACUCCCUGUCCUCCAUUCCAUUCAUAGAUGACCCCUCCAGUCCUAGCACUGACCUCCAGGCCUGCUAUGUCCCAGCCUGCUCUGUGGUGUCCAGUCACCGGGCCUCCACUAUGGCCUCCCUCACCUCCACCUUUGUCUCCCCCACCCCCUCCUCCAUCUCCCCCUUUGUCCAACUGCGUUCCCAGGACUGCAGCAGUAUUAAAAGUCGUCGUUCAUCGUACCUGUUGGCCAUCACCACCGAGAGGUCCAAGUCCUGCGACGAGGGUCUGAACACCUUCAGGGAAGAGGGACGGGUCUUCUCUAAACUACCAAAAAGGGUCAAGAGCUUUUUCAUCGACGGGUCUCUGGAAAGCCUGCGAGCCCAGGAGGAGGCCCGGUCCAAACGCCACUCCACCUCCGAACUGGGAACCAUCACCUUCAGCGACGUUCGCAAGGAAGGAUGGUUACACUACAAACAGAUUCUAACUGAGAAGGGAAAGAAAGUCGGAGGUGGCAUGCGACCGUGGAAACGCGUCUUCUCCGUCCUCCGCUCCCAUUCGCUCUUCCUCUACAAGGACAAGCGAGAGGCGGUGCUUCACGGGGCGGGGGCGGGGCCCGGCCAGGACGAGCACCCGCCCAUCAGCAUCCGCGGCUGCCUCAUCGACAUCGCCUACAGCGAAACCAAACGCAAGCACACGCUGAGGCUGACCACGCAGGACUUCUGCGAAUACCUGCUGCAGGCGGAGGACCGCGACGACAUGUUGGCAUGGAUACGAGUGAUCCGCGAGAACAGCAAGACGGACAACGAGGAGAUCGGUUUUUCCAGACAAGCUCUCAUCAACAAGAAGCUGAACGACUACAGAAAACACAGUUUGACAGGAAACAAACCGGACACGUCUCCCAGAAGCCACCGCAUGAUGCCGCCCUUCCUCCUCGCCAAAACCGACAACACAUCAGUGAACCGCGGCUCCAGGACAGACGACAACAAGGCGCUGUGGGGCAUCAACAUCAUGAAGAAGACCAAGAAGAGCGGCGCCCCCAAGGCCUUCGGCGUCCGCCUGGAGGACUGUCAGCCCGCCCUCAACCACAAAUUCGUUCCUCUGAUCGUAGAAAUGUGUUGCGGUGUGGUGGAGGCGUCAGGUCUUGAAUACACCGGCAUCUAUCGAGUCCCAGGAAACAACGCCAUGGUGUCCAACCUUCAGGAACAUCUGAACAAAGGCCUGGACAUCAACACGGCCGAGGAGCGAUGGCAGGACCUGAACGUCAUCAGCAGCCUCCUCAAGUCAUUCUUCAGGAAACUCCCAGAGCCGCUGUUUACAGACGACAAAUAUAACGACUUCAUCGAUGCCAAUCGAAUAGAAGACGCCGAGGACCGACUGAAGACCAUGAAGAAACUGAUCCACGACCUGCCGGAUCACUACUACCACACCCUGAAGUUCCUGGUGGGUCACCUGAAGAAGGUCGCAGACAACUCCGAGAAGAACAAAAUGGAGCCCAGGAACCUGGCCCUGGUCUUCGGUCCGACCCUGGUGAGGACGUCUGAGGACAACAUGACCGACAUGGUGACGCACAUGCCCGACCGCUACAAGAUCAUAGAGACGCUGAUCCUGCACUUCGACUGGUUCUUCAGCAACGGAGAACUGGACAAAGAGGAAAAGGCUCCUGAGGACAAACGGGACAUGCAGCCCGUCCCCAACAUCGACCACCUCCUGUCCAACAUCGGUCGGCCGGGGAUGCCCGGAGAGGCGUCAGAUUCCACCACCAGCGAUUCGCUUAAGUCGAAGCUUUCCUUGGGCUCCAAGAAAGACCUGAACGCCAAGGACUUCCUACCCAGGUCCUUCAUCUCAGCCGUGACCCGCAAACGCAAAAAAUCCCCGAGUACCAACCGUCAGGGAAGCAGCGCCGACGAGGAUUCCGAACACGAACCCGUCAAAUCCAGCAACUACAGAGGAGGAGAUGGAGGAGAUGAAGAAGAGGAGGAGGAGGAAGAGGAGGGAGACGAAGGUGUGGACCAGAAUAAAGUCCAGGAGGAACGGGAUGAAAAGGACGAUGGGGUCCAUCCUCAGGAGACCACGAUGGGAAAAGAGCGUCUGGUGGAAGAAACAGGAGCCGAAAGAGACGUAGGAACCAGAACUGGUGCUGAAGUAAAAACAGAAAGACGGCAGAAAACCACCUUACCUGGACCUGGACCUGGACCUGGACCUGGACCUGGACCACAGCCUCGUCCCAACAGUUUCCUGUACUCGCAUCACCAGGUCCAUUCAAUGCAUCCGAGACCCCCGACCGUGGCCCAUCCCGUCCCCCAUCUGCAGCCUCACAACCUGACCCGAGGACGCCCUAUAGUCCCCCUGUGGAUCUGCCCCACCAGAGUUCCCGGUCUUUACCAGGGACCCAGCUUUCACCCCCAGCUGGACUGGAACCCACCGGUCCGCUACAGGAAGACCAGAGGGGGGCGGACCAGGGCCAUGUCCAUGAAUCUGGACCUGGAACUGGGCAGGAGCGACGACAGGGUCCGGGGCUGGAGGGCAGACCGGGUGGAGGUGAUCCGAGUCAACGAGCGGGCGCCGGGCCAGCUCGGCGUCCCUCAGGGCUCGCUUCUGGGUCCUCAUUCGAUUCAACAAAUAGAUUCUCGAGGGGUCCAGGAGGCCCCGCCCCUGUCCUCAUCGUCCUCCAGAUGGACAGAUCAAACCUCCCCGGGGUCGUCGGGGGUCGUCCUGAGGAGGUCGGGCCUGGUCCCGCGAGACAAGAUGAGAGCCUGGCGUCGACACACGGUGGUGGUUUAACCCAUUAACGCAAUAAGCACUUACCCUUUACUUACGAACCCGAUCAGCUGAUCACUGAUGGAACCGCCGCAUCUCAACACUCGUUACAUUUGGCUUUAAUUAGUUCUGGAGUCGAGGAAGGUGAUGUGUUUACAUACAGUUGCAAAGUUUUAAUCCAAAA